AUGGGUUGUAAAGCUAGCAAAAAUUUAUAUUCAAAUUAUAAAAUUGUAAAGGAUGUAAAACAUUCACCAUCCGAAACGGAUUAUUCACAUAAUUUAGCAUUGAAAUUAGACAAAACCUUCUCUUCAACACAACGAGAUCAUGAUAUAUUUGUGAAAAUACCUUUUGAACUGAUGAAAUUACAGAAAUUAUCAAGCGAUGAAAAUUGGAUACCCUAUAAUCAAUUCGAUCAUAUUUCAUAUUAUUCAAAAGAUUCAGUUGGUGAAUCUUUAAAUUAUUUUGCAAUUUGGAAAAAUGGGAAAACUUCUGAGUUUAAAGAUUGGGACGUUGAUUGGAGGGUUUUAUUGAAAGAGAUAAUUCACUCUUCUCGUAUAACCCAACGUGAAUUAAAAUUGAUGAUUGCUGAACUUGAAUUCAAUCAUAAAAUUGAAAUAUUUGGGAUUUCGCAAAAUCCAAAAACAUUAAAUUAUGUCAUAGUAAUGGAUUAUUUCACUGGAAAUUAA